CGAUUACCGGAUGUGCUCUGUUCCAUGGGCGAGAGGAAGGACUGUUGUUCGUUUUCUUUGCUACCAAAGAAGAUCUCGUUUUCGGAGCUUUCCUUGUCCGAUCUGCGUUGAUUUAGCUUAAAGAUUUGGGUGGCUUCAAUCGAAUUGCUGCGACUGUUCGAGGAAAUGGGUGUUUUCUUGAUUACCCAACAAAGUUGAAGACUCCGUGUUGAUGUGCGUUGAGUUUCCUUUACGGUUCAGUUUAAAGCAGAGGAACGCUUCGCUUUGCUUACGGGUUUUCGCUGAAUUCUCGGCGCUACGAGAACGCCUUCGUUGGUGGUUCGACGGCAUUUACAAUCUGACAGAGACAGAGCAAGAACAAAAGGAGCAGAGUUUGAUUUUCCCCUCAAAUUUGGUGUUUGAGUUUCUAAUUUUAGAAAAUUCUUCACACGUUUUUGGGUUUUAUCUCAUUUUUGGAAGGAACAAGAAACAGCUCCGAUAAUCUCUCCCUCUCUUCCAUUUCUGUCUUUCUUCUGGGUGCUCUGUUUUCUGGGAAUCCUCUCUGUUUCUCAGGGUUGAGGGGAAGACUCUGAAAACUUUCUCUCUCUCUCUCUCUCUCUCUCUCUCUCUCUCUCUCUCUCUCUCCCUCUCCUCCAAAAUUAUGAUUCUUGACAAAGGGUCAAUGCAAUCCAAUUUGGGUUGUUUUCUUCAUUGCACAACGCCGGUUGUCAAUUCCCAAUUCUUGCCCAAGAGUGAGAUUAGGAAUCUGAAUCGUUUAUGGCAUCCAUGGGAGAGAGAGAAGGUUGAAUAUUUCACCCUCGGCGAUCUCUGGAAUUGUUACGACGAAUGGAGCGCUUACGGUGCCGGUGUUCCCAUCGCCGUCAACAACGGCGAGACCCUUGUUCAAUAUUAUGUUCCUUAUCUCUCUGCAAUCCAAAUCUUCACUAGCAAUUCCACCGUCAAUGGUUUCAGGGAUGAGUGCGGCGGCGACAGUGAAGCAAGGGAUUCGUUCAGCGAUUUAUCCAGCGAUGAGAGUGAAAGUGAAAAACAAUGGAGAUGGGACGGAAGCUCAUCGGAAGAGGGGGGAUUGUUGGAGCAAGACAGCCCUCUGCAUCUUAGUGACAGAUUGGGAUACCUUUACUUUCAGUAUUUCGAGAGAUCAACCCCUUAUGGAAGAGUUCCAUUAAUGGAUAAGAUCAAUGGAUUGGCUCGAAAAUUCCCUGGCUUGAUGACAUUGAGAAGCGUCGAUCUUUCCCCAGCGAGUUGGAUGGCUGUUGCUUGGUACCCAAUUUACCAUAUUCCAAUGGGGAGAACCAUAAAGGACUUAUCAACAUGCUUCCUGACAUACCACACGCUUUCAUCUUCAUUUCAAGAUAUGGACGUGGAGGAUGAAUUUGAGAGUGGAGGAGAAAGGAAGAGGAAAGAAGGGGAAGGGAUGGCGCUGCCGGCAUUUGGUUUGGCGACAUACAAGAUGCAAGGAAACGUGUGGAUUUCAGGGAAUUAUGGGCGGGACCAAGAACGGGUGGUGUCGCUUUUGAGCGUGGCAGAUUCUUGGCUAAAGCAACUCAGGGUGCAGCACCACGACUUCAACUACUUUACUGGCAUGAUUCGUCGUGGCUAAAACCAAACCCUCCUUUUUUUAUGACUCCAUCAUCCAUUGAUUGACCUCCCAAGAAAACAAAAACCCAAAAAAAUUCCUACUUUCGGUUGGGUCUUACCUGCCUUUUCUGCACUUAGCAUGGGGGAAAGCACUGUUCCUUUCUUCUUGUUCUUCAUGUUCUUGUUCUUGUUGUUCUUGGUUUGUGGUUUGUUUUAGUGUGACCCAGAUGUUAAAAAGUUCUUCAUCUCAGCCGCAUCCAUGCCUGAAAUCCCCUGUUUUUGGUUUCCCCUGUUUUUGGUUAGUGGUGGGGUGGUGCUUGUGCAUAGAAAACACUACUUACUUACUUACUUACUUACUCACUGACUGCUACUCGUCAGGCUUGUUGAAACAGAGAGAUCGGAGAGGGAGAGGGAGAGAGAGAGAGAGAGAGAUCAGAGAGGGAGAGACAGAGAGAUCAUAGAAGUGUGGCCUGUUUGAACCAUCACUGUUGUGUUUGUAUGAACACUGUAACACAUUUUCCAAUUGAGAGCAAGAAAGAACGAAAGAAAGACUCUCCCUUUGAAUGAAUGAAUGAUUGAUUGAUUGCUUGACCCA